ACUGUUUUUCAGAUACGACCGAGAAUUCGUUGUGAGAGGUUGCUCAAGCGAAGUUUCUCUUCGCGCCAAGCAUAAGGUGCGAGCGUAUCAUCUACCAUAUGCAUAAAAACUGAAACGUUAACGUAAAGGCAUUUCAAAACAUAACGGCUCGCCGGUUCGUCAACAACAGCGUAUUAUUCCGCUAACGUGUACAGUGCUGUGCUAGAAGAUUGCAUACUGAUACUACUAUCCGAAACAAUAGUGAACACAGUUCGAUGAAAGUUUCGUUUCCAAAUCGUAUGAGUGUUUGUAUCGACAAAUAAGUGAAAACCUUCAACUACUAGAAGCCAUAAAAAUAAAAAGCUGACUUGUGAAAACAGGCAUAACUCGGGCAGCUAAGUGAGAAGCAGGCACCAGCAUUAAUCGUUAAUCGAUUGAAAAUAUCAUGAAUUGUUGAUGAUUUUCAACUGAUCCUGGAAGAUUUGUGAGUGCAUGUGUGAUGUGUUUGAAAGAUAAAUGUGAAAAGUGAUAAAAGUACAGCUUAUUUGAGUUCAUAAAACGUGAUUGGAAUAAGAUAAUAGAUUGCUUGCAAAAUUGUUUAGUGGAAAUAAAACAGCAAACCAAACAAAAUGCUUCCAGUUUCCAUCAAUUUUAGCAAAUUUUACAACAGAUUAUGUUUACUGGUCACAGUCUUUAUAACCGUGAGUCUAGCGCGAAUACGGGCCGAAAACUGCGGUCAGGAGGAGCUGGCCAAGUGUGCCCGCCCAUUCCAAGUGAUACAAUCGACGACGGAUCUGUCCAUAGCGACGAAAAAGGAGGAUCUGGAUAAAAUAUGCCCUGAUCUUAACAACGGUCUGCAGUGCAUACGAAGCUACACGCGACGCUGUAUGACCCUGGAGCAGCGGAACCGCUUCAACAAGCUGUACAACGGUACCCACCAGUUCGUGCGAGACCUCUGCCGGGAGGGUGACUACCAGCGCGAGUUCCUUUCACACGCACCCUGCCUACAGAAGGUGCGACCGGACUAUGAAGUGUGCGGGCGGCGAUACCAUCACACCGUCACACUCAUAACGCAACAGUCGCAACAGCACGAGGCCCACCAACAUCAGCACCAGCACGGCCAUCAGCACCAGGCGCAGGAACAGACGGCCCUGGAGGAGUCAAGGGAACAUCAGCACGAACGGCGCCAUCGGAACCAUCGCACGGCAAGCCGCACGGAUGAGGAUGACGUGAGAACGGUUUGCUGUUCCUUUAUGGAGUAUCUCGACUGUUCGGAAUCGGCCGCGAGGAAUACGUGCGGCCAUGAUACGGCAAGUUUCACGCGCGGAUUCUUGGACAAGAUGUCGUCAACGUUAAUAAAGAUGUACUGCGAAGACUACUACAAAUCAAACAAAUGCCCAUCGAUGUACUCAUCGUCGUCUAGCAGUAGUUGGAGUCAAUUACACAGCACAACUUUACUGCUAGUUCCCACGAUCAUCAGUACCAUCAGCAGCUGGACAUCUGCGUGGUGGUCAUUUCGAUCAGAUGCUUCUUUACGGUUACGAUAAUCUAGGCACGACGCGUUCUACAGUAAAUUACCGACUAGCUUAAUGAUUGCUUUCCCCUAUAUAGGGGUUGUAGAUCGAUUAGAUAUCGUUUAUCAUAGCUUAAUUUAUCUUCCGUGGUAUUACCGCAAUGUUUAGGAUUAAACAUCUGGCCUGAUAUCACGCUUUAGCUACGAUGAUAAUCCGUAAAUUAUAAUUUGUAUAGAAAUGAAUUUUAAAUUUAGCCUUCAAAAUGACUCAUUCCCUACGUACUGAUCAACCCCUGCGCUAUGCUAUGUAAUUGGCAAAUUAGAUUCAAUCUGGACCACGGCGCGUACGGCAAUCGUCGUGAAUUGUGUUCCACCAACUCAUCAAAUGUACCACGUUCAUCAUCGUGGUGAUGUCGCGAUCGUUGUUAGUUUCGACGUUAUCUAAGAUUCUGCGUCACGCGUAGCGAACUCGCAACACCGAUGAGUGCAAUUAGGGUUAAUUUAUUUAUUAGAAGUCGGUGUUGCGAUUCGUCACUGAGGCAGAUAAAAGCGAGAGUACGAACAUGUGCCCAGACAUUGCUCGGACACACGCGCACACUCACACACACUCACGAUCUAACACUGGAACGCUAGCUAGUAAAGCCUAUUCUUACUGUUAAAAAAAUAGAAACUGUCGAUCAAUCCCCAUAUAUUAAAGAGACAACUCAAUCCUACAACUGAUGUGAUUUUCCGUUUACUAUGAAUGCCUGAUACCGAAGAUGUAGAUAUUCUAUUCUAGCAAAUGGUUUAAAGUAAAGAUCUAGCGAGUGCGGUAAAUCUCCUUGACAGCCAUAACAUGUUUAUCGAUUCAUUGCUACAAUCGUAACUGCUGAGCAUGGUCAGGCGUGAGACGGUAACCUUCGCACCCAAAGGAAACAACGUUGUAAAUUGACGAGAGUAUCUCAGUGCGUAGUAGAACAUCUAUAGGAUAGAACGUUCAGCUAAGGGGAUAGUGUCCAGGUUGAUUGGAAUAACGUCGUUAAAAUAUGAUAAUAACCUUAAGCUUAUACAGUAAUAUUAAAAUACAAAAUAUCAAUUCAUUCAACCGCCAUUUA